AUGCGGUCGUCGCUGGCGCGUUUCUCCCCGGGCCGCCUGCCGCCAGGUGUGGCGAGGGCGGCGCUGGUGGCGGCGUGGGUGGCGGGAUGGGCGGGGCUGUGCGCGUGGGUGGUGUGGUUCGCGCACUCGCAGGCCGCCAAUCCGCGGCAGGAGGCGAUGCGAGCGUGGUGUCGCACGCGCGUGCGAUACCUCCAGCAGGACAUGCGAUCGUCCGUCGCCCGCGCGCAGGUAAGGCGAUCAGCCCACCUCGAUGCCCCUCUCGCCGCGUGCUGCCCUACUAACCCGUGGCCCUCCUCUCUCCAUCCUUGUCCCCCAUCCCCCCCUUCCAUCCCUCCCCAAUCCCCUCAUCCCCCCCCAUUCACUCCUGAGGCAGUCGGACUGGUGAAAGUGUUUGCGCACUUUGGGCCGCGCAGCAGCAGCAACCUGAGCUACUGGGGGCUGGCGGGGUGUGUGAACAACAAUUCCAUUCUGGCGUACACCAUAUGCGCUGACAUCAUCGGCAACUACAGCACCGGCACCGUCAUCAUGCUCCUCUCCGACCAAGACAGGUCAGUUCUGGCCGACCCUACUGUGUCGUACUCGUUACAAGCUGACCCCAUUGCCAACUACAGCACCGGCAGUGUCAUCAUGCUCCUCUCCGACCAGGACAGGGUUCCAAUCCGCUCAGUGCUGGGCCUGCCCGCCCCAAGGAAGGAUCUGUACGGAGUGAACGUGUGCGGCAGCAUCAACCCCGACUUUCCCUUGCAGCCCUUCACUGACUUAACUCCUAUCGUCCCUCCGGUCCUGCUAGACAACCUGUUGAAAGGACGAAGUAUUGCGGGCCCUCCUGUCUCGACGGGAUAUGUGAUGAAUGCCUUCGUUAUGCCCAUCUUCCGCCAACCUAUGCCGUCCAAUGCGUCUUCACAGCAAAUUCGGGACAGCAUGAGCAUUGCAUGGGGCGGUGUGUUUCAUCUUGAGUUUAGGACCCGUGAAGUACUGCCAAUUCUUGAGAAUGGCACCAGUACAUACUCCUUCGCCAUAUACGACAACACAGACCCAGGCGAUCUCAAGCAGAUAUUGGGCCCCGAGAAGCCACUCUUGGAAAGCCGUUCUGGUUUCGCUUUUGUGCUGCCCGCACCCGUUGUGCCACCCGAGCAUGUUGAGCCGUUCCCUGAGAACAUGCUUGGACGAACAUUUGAAGCCCACUGCGGGUUUCUCGGCCCUCCUCCUGCGUGGGACCUCGUGUAUGCUCCCAUGCUGCUGGGCCUGCUAGUGCUGCUAGUGGCAGUGCUCCUGUCCACCGUGAUUGCAGUAUUGACAUGGAAAAGGAGAAGUAUUGAAGAGCAUAUGAAGGAGAUUCAGCUGUGCACGGCCAUCUUGGAGAGAGCUGAGCGGUCCAAGAGUGAGGCGGUGGCCAGCACGUCGCACGAGCUGCGCACCCCAAUCAUUGGCAUGAUGGGCAUGAUAGAGGAGCUGCUAGACUCGGGGCUGGAGGAGUGGCAGCGGGCCGACCUGAUAGAUGCGAGGGCGUGUGCGGGUGAGACGGUGGAGCUCAUCAACCGAGUGUUGGACCUCGCCAAGCUGCAGGCCGGCAGGCUAAAGCUCGAGACUCUCCCCUGCUGCCUGCGCCGCAUCGUGCGCGAAGCAGCCACAUCGUGCUCAUUUGUUCACUUGUCGAUUGCAGUGACAUUCGAUGUGGAUGAGAACGUUCCAACAACUCUACUGGGCGAUCCAAAUCGGCUCUUGCAAGUCAUCUCUGAGCUUGUUGCCAACGCCAUGAGCCACACAGCAUCUGGCCACGUGGCCAUCCGCCUCUGGUGCAUCCCUCCCAAACAUUCUGCUCAAAAGGAUGCUCCUUCAUCUCCUCCUGCCGCUGUUCCCACAAAAGCCUCCUCUGAGCCUCCCCCGGCGUCCUCAGCGUGGCAUCAGCUGGCCGGCUGUGUGCAGCGCUUCCCUCCUCCCACCCGACUAGUCUGCCAUCCUCAGCAACCCCCAGCCAGCCAAGUGGGGGCUGUGGGCAAGGGGGGUGGCCGAUGGUGGGGGCGGGGAAGACUGCAAGAGAGAGGUGGUGGAGGGAAGGUAGGAGCACACAGAACGCCAGGAGGUGGUGAUGUGGAGGCCAAGGAAGUGGAAAGCACGAGGCAGGCGUGUGGGCAGGCGUGCAGCAGAGACAGCAUGGGCAGUGCAGACUGCACUGCAGAGGAGGGGCAGGGUGGGGAUGGGCGGUUGGAGGAGGAGGUGUGGGAGUGGGUGGAGGGGGCGUGUGCGGUGAGGGAGGAGGGUGAGUGGAUGGUGGUGGUGGCGUGUGAAGACACGGGCGGUGGUAUACCACCCGAGGAGCUGCAGUGGGUGCUGGACCCACACGGAGACUCGUGCCACUCCAUGGAUGACACUGCUGCUGGGGACGGGGAUCUUCAAGGCAAGGGGCAGCCAGGAAUCAUGGUGGCGGAGAUGGGGGGGGGCAUGGCAGUGCUGUCAGACGCCUCCACAGGCACCACCAUUCUGCUGGCGCUGCCCCUGGGGGGAGGGGAGGGCGGCGACAGCAGCAUGGGAAUGGGGGAGGGGAGUGGGGAGGAAGCUGGCGAGCCAGCACAGGCUGGUGUGGAGCGAGAAAGCGGUUUGCAGCGAGGCAUGGACGGGCCAGUCAGUGGUGCUGUGCCUCUCCCUCACGCUGCUGCCGGUUUGCAACCAGUUUCGCCACCGCAGCAGCAGGCAGCAGCAACGCAACCGCUUUCACCGCUGGUGCGUGCGCGCACAUUUCCACAAGCGGAGAUCGAGCGGGCCGCGGGCGGUGGGGAGAGCGUGGGGGAGGCGGAGCGGGUGGUGCGGGGGGUGGUGGCGGGGCGGGGGGUGGCGGUGGUGGAUGACAACGCGGUGAACCGCAUGGUGGCGCGCAGAACGCUGCAGGGCUACGGGGCGCACGUGCUGCUGCUGUGCUCCGGGGAGGAGGCGCUGCAAGCGCUCUCCUCUGCCACGCCCUCCCCGCCCAUCCACCUGCUGCUCCUCGACCUCCACAUGCCGCCCGGCAUUGACGGGUGA